ACUAUAUUAUAAUAUAUUAUUUAUUUAAUAAUUAGUAAUUUUAAUUUUUGGUACGAGUCACGAAUCUCGAAAGUUGAAUAUGAAUCAUGAUUGUAUAGCCUGGUAAGUUGUUUGAUGCUACUCGUAAAUGCUAAUUGCUAUCAAUUUUAGGGAAUUCUGCAAUGUGAGCCGAACGUUAACCAUUCCGGCUUUCUGCAUUCAGCUUUGACGAAUUCAAAAUUCCAAAUUUUCAUACGUUAGCAGUUUGCGUAGAAAUUAAUACUGACGUGAACCGUGAUUCCGAAAAUGAAAACUGCAAUGUUGUUUUUAAUUUACUUUUACAAUGACGUCUUAAAGUAUCGAUAAUCGACCGACCAUGUUUGUUUUUAUGCACAACCAAUAAUUGUAUGGUUCGUAUGACAAUUGUACAUUUGUAUCAACCCGACGAAAUCAAGUGUCAACUAUCAACUCUGAAAGUCUGAACACACUCGGCGGGGGAGCGAAUAAACGAUAUUACGAUUAACCAGUGGUCGCUGUUUUGACAUCAAUGUAUCGCUUCUUAUACAUACUUAUGAUCCAUCUAUGCUUUCGUAUCAAUGGGAUGUAUUGUUUAUACUAUGUAUGAAAAACCUAUCUGAUGGUAGCCGAAUGUCAAGUCAGCCGCUUACGACUACAAACAAAAGUUAACAGUUUGAAUUGAUUGCGCACCUAUAUCCGUAUAAUUGAACUACUAAAUAGAUUGUUAUUCUGUGAUCAGAAAUCAGUUUUGAACAUGACCUGGACAGCUGAACGUGCACAAAUACUUGAUACAGAAACAUCUAUAACUUCGGUCCAUUUAUCCAUUAACUGGACACUGCUGUUGUAAAUUUCAGAUUUUGGUUUUAUUGAAAUCGUUUAAUUCUUUAAAAAUUUCCUUGUGGCUUUCAGUGUCGGUUUCAACAUGUGAAACCAACAUAAGACUGAUUGAGAUUUUGUUACAUGGCCGACAACCCAGAACGGUUUUGCAUUCUUGUUUCACCGUGUAUGUGAUUGCAAAUUGAUUUGUCACCCAUCAUCGGGUGAUCAAAUAAAUAUUUUUAAAUGACUCCAAUGAAAAAUUACAUAAAGGUUGAAGUCACUGGUGAUGCUGAUGCUGUUACCAGUGAAUUAUAUGUUGAAAACACUGUUGAAAAUCCUGCGUGGUAUACAGUUGAAGAUAAUCAUGUGUCUUUAAUAUCUGAAAAUGUUGAGAAAGUUAUAAAGCUUGAAACUGAUAUGUUGGAUGACUGUAUGUGGGAAAGUAGAAUCGAAAUUUCUAAAGAUGUUACCAAUCAAAAUAAUAUGAAAUUACCCUUGGAAUUUCAGGGUGUCUCAGUUAAUAAUAUUAACUUAAAUCCUGAAAAUACAAAUAAUAAAAUAUUUUACUGUAAUAUUUGUGGAAAAGGCUUUGCUUUAAAUUAUCUUUUAAAAAAUCAUUUGGCAGAACACAAAAGACAAGUAAAUUUUAAAACUAAUAAAUGUAAAUAUUGUGGAAAACAGUUUAAGUUAAAAUUUGGUUUGAAUAGACAUAUUCAAAAACAUCACAGUCAAACAUUUGAAUGCAAAUUUUGUAAACAUUUUAUUGAUAAAAGUUUAUAUAAUGAACACAUGAAAAGCCAUAAAAAAAAUGAAGCUAGGAUUGAUAUUAUUCCUAAUAUAAAAUUGCACAAAUUAAAUGGUGUUUGGAAAAGUAAAACAAAUGUAUUUAAAUGUAAUAUUUGUUUUCAAAAAUGUCAUAGUGAAAAGAAUUUAGUGGAACAUAUGGAAACUCAUGACAAUUGUCAAACACAGUGUAAUGAUUGCUUAAAGUAUGUUUCAGUUUCUGAAUUGAAUAAUCAUAUGCAACAAUUACAUGAUAAACAUUUAUUUAAAUGUCAAAAGUGUAACUUGCAGUUUGAAAAACAACAACAUUUAAACUGUCAUUUAAUUCAUUGCUUAAAAAACUCUCAUAUCCAAUGGAAUGAGGUUUGUGGUAAAUCCAAGGCUAAUUCAACGACUUGUUCUGCUUGUGGAAUUGUUUUUAAUAGUUCUUUAUCAUUGAAGAAUCAUAUAACUAUUGGUUGUAAGCAUUAUACUUGUAAAUAUUGUGGACAAUUUUUUAAUUCAAGGAUUUUAUGGCUAAAACACGUGGACGUUCAUGAAAAAGAUGAACAACAUGUUAUGUUAAUAGUAAAUAAUGAUAAAACAACUACAAUUAGAGAACCUGAGGUUAUAAAUGAUUUUCCUUUUGAUACAAAUAAAGGACAAUUAUUAUCUAAAAAUAUUACAGGAAGAAAUAAUUCAGAUCAAACCGAUUUAGUGAACAGCAAUGAAUCAACUAUACAUAUUGCAGCGCCACGUAAUUUAGUGGCAAAUAAUAUCAAUUUAAAUAUCAAUAAGGAAAAAAAUGUAUGCACAACUGUUGAAAAAAGAAAAAGAUCUUAUAAUAAAGAAGCAGUUAAUAGCAAUGAAUCAAUAACACAAAAUAUAUCACACAAUUUAAUGACAGAUUGUAGCAAUACUAAUUUAAAGCAAAAUAAAAUCUCAUUGAAUAUCAUAAAAACAAAUGGUUCGAGUCAAAUAAAUUUAACAAACAGCAAUGCAACAGCUGUUUCGAGUGCUUCAAAUAAUUUAUUGACACAUGAUUACUGUAUUCAAAAUAUAAAGCAAGAAAAAUACUUAAAUGCAAAUUUAAAUGAAAAAAAUAUUUCUCAUCAAAUAAUCAACAAUCAACAAACUGUAUCGGUUGCUUCACAUAGUUCAAUAACAAACAAUUGUCUUGUGAAAAUUAAGCAAGAAAAAAACUUGUGUACAAUUAACAGAGAAACAAACAGUUCAGAUCAAAUAAAUUUAGCAAACAGUAAUGAAUCAAUAAUUUCGACUCUUUCACAUAACUCAAUGGUGAACAAUUGUCAUGUGUUAAACAUUAAGCAAGAAAAAAACACGAGUACAAAUUUUAGAGAAAGAAACAGCUUUGAACUAAUGAAUUUUGUAAAUAGUGAUGAACCAACUGUGGCAAAUAAACCUCUCGAUUUAAUGGCAUACCAAAACCCUAUUAGUAUAGCUAAUAAUAAUAUUGCAUCUACUGUUAGGGAAACACCUUAUUUCUGUAUUAGAAAAUUGCCUAAUAUUAAAAAUGUAUUUUGUCAUAAUGAUUAUGGACAGACAUCGCAAAAUAAUUUUAUAUUUAUUUGUAGAAUUUGUAAAAAAUCUCCAUCUACAGAUAUACAUUCAUUUGCAUUGCACAUGAGUGAUCAUAGUGAAUGCAACAUGCAUGAAUGUAUUGUGUGUGAUAAGAAAUUUAGCACUGUACUUCUUUGGACAAAUCAUAUGACUUAUCAUCAACAGCAAUUAGAUUUAAAUGUAUCUGGAGUUCAGUUUAAUCCUACAGAAACUAAGUCUAAUACAUUAGGCUCUAUAAAUUCUGAAAAUAUGGAAUCUCAAGCUUGUAAAACUUCAAGAAAUAGAAAAUUCAAGAUAUCUUCAUCGAAUAGUCCAUCUUCAAAUAUAACAGGCUUGAAUAAUAGUGGUAAUAAAAUAAAAAAUCAAUAUGACUGUAGUACAUGUAAAAAAUUGUUUCCUUCAAAGGCCACAUUAAAAGUUCAUCAAACUCUUCAUAAUAAAUCACAGUCAUUUUCCUGUAAAUAUUGUAAUAGAAUAUUUUCUGGAAAAGGUCAAUGUACAAAUCAUGAAAAAUCUCACAUUGGCUUAGAUAAUCUAUUUUUACAAAAUAAUAAGAAUAAUAAACCUGAAGUAAUUGAUAUCCAAAACAACAUUAAUAUAGAAAAUAACAACAUUAAUUCUGAGAUAAUAUCAAUAAAACAUAAAAAUGAAAAAAAAUUAUGGUCAACUAAAAACACAAAUUUUUGUAAUUUAUGCAAUAGAAAAUUUACAAAGCGGUGUUAUUUUACAAAUCAUAUGCUAUUAAAGCAUAAUAUAAAUCCAAAUUUACCAAAACAACUUACUUCGAUAGAUUGCAAAAAGUCAAUCAUUCUGCCUGAAAACAUUCAGUUAACUAAUAAAUAUGAAAACAAAGUAUCAGUUUCUAUAGAUAACAAUUUGAAUAAUCACGUUAAUAAAAGCAAUGAGAAGAAAUCUACAGUUUGUACCAUUUGUAAUAAACAAUUUGCACAUCUUGGUGCUUUAACUAAUCAUAUGAAUAUUCAUGUUGAUUGUAAACCAUAUAAAUGCCAAUAUUGUUAUAGAAAAUUUAGUAAGGAAGGUCCUUAUAUUAUGCAUGAGAGAAAACAUGUAUUAAAAAAUGAAGUUAAAAGUGCUUCCAAUCUAAACACAAAUAACAUAACAGUUGAUGAAGUACCGCAAACUGAAAAUUGUGAUGAUUUUGAGUUAGUUCAUAAUUCAGUUGAUGGAAAUUCAAAUGGUACAAAUUUAACUAACAUAAAAAAUUUAUGGUUCACUUGUGAUGUGUGUGAGAAAAAAUUCUCUACUCCAUUUCAACUGAAUAUACACCGAAAGUCACAUUCUGAUAUUGUACCAUAUGUAUGUAAGAUUUGUAAUAGAUCUUACUCCUUGAAAUUUCGAUGGAAUUGGCAUUUAAAAGGCCAUUAUAUAAGGUUUAUUGCUAAUUUAAAAAGUAAACAACAUACUAAUAAUCUAAAAUCAAAUAUUGGCAAACUAAAGAUUGAAUCUAUAAAUUAUCCAGAUAAAAUGAAAUGUCGAUAUUGUAAAAAAGAAUAUAACUCAAUAUCUCAGUGGAAAAAACAUAUGAGAAUGAGCAAGGAAUGUCGUCGCCAUUGUAAAAGUAAUCUUCCAGAAUUUACAUCAAAUCAAGCUUCAAAGAAUUUUACCAAUUCUUGUCGAUUUAAAUGUAAUAUUUGUAAGAAAACAUAUAGUACCUCUUACAAUCGAUCAGUACAUAUAAAAACUGUUCAUAAUAAAUUAGAUACAACAGUUUUAAAUAUUCAUAAUAAUACCAGUUUCCAAAAAGACAAAACAGUGGAGACAAUGCAACAGAAUCUGGUGAUUAAGAGACAAAAUAAAAGUAAUCAUAUUAAUGGCAGUAAAUGUAAGUUAUGUGGUAAAGUAUACAGUAAUGCAGCUAAUUUAGGUCGCCACAUCUCUAUAAUUCACACAAAUAGUUAUGAACCUAUGACCUGUAAUGUUUGUGGAAAGACAUUUAAACACAAAUUUUCUUAUAGAGAACAUUUGAAAAUUAAACACAAACGACUAUUUAAAAAUUAUGAAGAAUUAAACCAUCAAAAUAAAAGAACAAACAGGAAACCUAUAUCAAUGGAUCAAAAAAAAAUAAUUAUGAAAUACUCUUGCAAAAUUUGUAAUAUUAAGUUUACUGAUAAUAUUAGAUUACAAGAACAUUCAAAGAUACACUCAGUAAAAAUGUAUAAGUGUAAAGACUGUGGUCAGCAAUUUGAGACAAAUGUUACUCUAGGUAAUCAUAUUUUGGAAAACCACAAUGCUAAUAUUUCUACAUAUAAUAAAAACGAACGUGUCGAGAAUUGUUUGAGCCAAAAUAAUUCUUUAGAAGUGAAUAUUAAUAAUCCUGCUCAAUGUAAUGUUUGUUCUAAAAUUUUAAAAGACCCUGGAUAUUUACAUGAACACAUGAGAUUACACACAGGCGUCAAACCAUUCAAAUGCGAUAAAUGUAACAUGGCUUUUAGAUUUAAAUCAAACUUAAGAAUGCAUCAUAAGAAACAUCUAUCAUGUUAUAUCCCAUAAUUAUAUUAAUGUGUUCUAAAAUACAAUUUUAAGCUAUUAGAAAUUUAAAUAUGUAUUAACUUUUAUAGUGUAAAACUAUUUUUAUUAUUUUAACUAUUUAUACAGUAUAGUUAAGCUUUUACUGUAGAUUAAAUGUAUUAAACUAUAUUAUAUAUUAAAAAAA